CGAACUGAUAACGUGAUAAGUUUGCAAUGUGCGAAUGUGAUGUGAAAUUUUUUUAGUGAAUCCGUGAAUCGUAAUGAAUAUUAUGAAUGGUAAAGUUGUAAAGUAAGAGAAUAGUUUUUGAGAUUUCUGAAUUUAUAAAGCAAGAGAAAUAACAAUGGAAAUGCACCAGGAUGAUGACGACUGUGUCAUUAAAGAGAUACCUGUUUAUUUAUGCAAAGAACUAGCUGAUAAACUGCAUUUAUUUCAAUUCCCAUGUAAACCUGCGGAUACUAAUUGUUCCAAAAACAUAUUGUCAAGCCGAAUCAAGCCAGAAAGUGGUAUAAUUGAACUGGAUAAUGGGUUGAAUACGGAAAGUGAAUUCUAUGAUCCAUAUGUUGGGGAAGAAUUAGCUGUCACUGAUUCUGCUAAACAGACCGCCAAAGAAAAACCAAAAAGCAGUAGUAAGCUUCUGGAUAGAAUCACAUUCCAAUCUCAGCGCAGUGUGUUAAAGAAAGAUAUCACUUGUUAUUCUAUUGCGACUAUCUACGAUGGAAAAUUUUGUAUUACACCUCUUCAUGAUGCAGUUAGUUUUUUACCCACUUAUGAGCACGUUGAAAAAAGCAAAAAAUCGAAAACUGGCAGUAAAUCUUUCAUAGAUGAUUCGUCAUCAUCUUCGGAGGGUGAGCCUGAUGAGGGUACAUCGGCGGUUCAAGUUACCGUAAAGUUUUCUCAGAAAAGAGAAAAAACUAAAAUCUCUCAAGAAUGGAGUCAUCAACAGCAUUUGAGCAAAGUAGCUGAAGAACCUUGGUGCGAAGCUGCUUAUUUAAACAGCACUAGUUCCACCGCAGCGAGAUUACUGGAAGGAUUAACGAACACGGUGUCGAGAAACAGAUCAGCUAUGUUGUCUUUAUCACAAAAACAAUAUUUAGAUGUACUUGUACCACCAGAUACGACUGAUUCGAUAGAAAGUACUUCAACAAAAUAAGUCUAAAUAGGGUUCAUCUUUCAGAUAAUUUUCGAGUAAUUCGUUUGGAGGAAUAUAACAGUAAUCAGCUCCAUAUGUUAUGCUUUCGUGUUCCUUGAACUCAUUUUCCUGUCUCAGAGAAUGCGUCUCGGGAGAAUAUUCCAAUUCAUAAACACCGGAGUACAUCGCUGCAGUCAAGAUGUGUUUGGCGUUAACAGGACUCCAUUUAAUCCGCCAAACUCCUCCUCCAACCCCGCAACUCGAUAAACUGUUUUUCAUUAUUCUAUCGUCCCAGAUUUUGAUUGUUUCGUCGUAGCUAAAGUAUAAAAAGAGACUCAUUUGAUUUAAUAUGUUUGAUAUUUAUAAUAAUAAAUUGAUGAAAAUUUUA